UCUUAAGGAGAAACAGUAUCGUGUUUCGUAUGUUCGUCAUUAUUGUUUUCUUUUGUAGCCAGAUAAACAGUUUUUCUCAUAUGAUUUCCAUUAUUCGUUCGACAGUUAAAUGAUGGUAGUGAAGUCAGUAUCGUUGAUCGAGUUAAAAAAACAACAAUGGGCAAAAGAGAAAGAAGAGAUGGUAAAAUUAAACAGUUACUGGAAAAAUCAAAACACACCAAUUGUGUUCAAUGAUCAAAGGGAUCAUGUUAUUUAUCCGGAAAUACGUUCAAAUGACAUUGAUCGUCUAUCUAUAUACAAAGAUUUACAAACACAAAAAAAUUUAAGUUUUCCGCCAAUUUCUCACGAUAAUCAAAAACAAAACGUACACAACAAUACCUACAUUAAUAAAAUUGAAAAAGAUAUAAAUAUUGAUACUGGAGUAAUGGAUGAUUUUAAACCAAAAAGCACACAUACUAUAUUAAAUCGGACCUACACAAUAUCAAAAGAAAACAAUACUAAUGAAGGAGUAGGAACAUUAGAAAGACAAAAAUGGGAUAAGCAAAAUAAUGCUAGUGGGUUAAAUCCGCCAAUUUUUAAUUCAAAUGACAGAAAAUACUUAACCGAUGAAAGAAAUGGAACACCAGCAUGGGUAGAAUAUCCAUUAGAAAAACCUUUUGUAACCAACGAAAUAGUUAAAACACAAUUUCAAGAUACUCAUAAAGCUUCAGAUUUUGGAGGUAGCUGUGACACUUUAAGUUCUUUAGAUUCGAACAACGCCUAUAACAGGACUUACUUGCUAGGACAAAAUAUUCCAUUGACCACUGAAGAAUUAGCUGCUAGAGAAGUUAAAAGGCAAAAAGCAAUGGAACUUCAAGAAGCUAUAAAACAACAGUUAAAAGAAAGACAAUUAAAGAAAAAAGAAGAACUCGAAAAGAAAAAACAGGACGAUUUGGUAGAAGAACGGCGUAUACAAAGACAACAAGAAAUUGAAAGAAAACGGCUAGAAGACGAGAUGAAGCGACAACGGGAAAAAGAAUUGUGUGAAGAACGAAAAGCAAAAGCAAUGCAAGAAGUGUUAGAGAACGCUCAAAAACAAGCGAAAGAAAACAAAUCCAAACACAUGCAAAAAAAACGACAUAAUCAGGAUGAAGACAAAGAACAAAUUUCCAAAGAGCCUGCAGUAGUAGUUAGUAACUGCAGUGAGCCUAAGUUAGAACCAAAAGUUUGUCUAGAUCCCAAGACACAAUCAAACGCACCGAAUCCAGUAGAAGUAAAAGAGAUACCUAAGUGUCCGGACGUCGAUGUGACACUUCAAACUUCACCAUCUCCACUAAACCGUCAAAAAUUAUUAACGCCGAGCAAAUUUCGUAGUCAGACUACUAGUGUUGCAAUACAAACGGAAAUUUUAAAAAAACCCGUGAAAUCUUCAGUUGGAAAUGAAUACCAAAAAUCUAUAGAUUUAGAUCAAAGGCCUAAGUGGGGAGUGAAUAGACCAGAAGUGCAGUAUAUCAAACAAAGUGCCAAGGAUCCAAAUUAUCAGUUGAAAUUGAAACAAAAGUCUCCAUGGAACAGAAGAAUAAUUAAUAAUACAAAUUCAGCGAAAUGCCAAUCAUCAAAUAUAAACGGGCGAACCGGCUUUACAUUUCCGGAUAAUUAUUCAAAAAAGACGUUUUCAUACGGCCGUCCAAAUUUUGCAGAAAUGAAAAACAGUAAUAGUGUUUCAGAUAAAGCUCCUUCGUUGUCAGAAAGCAUAUCGGUUAGUGAUGUGUUAUACCAAUUAUCGUCGUUACGAAAGGUACUGGAAACCAAACGAAAACAUUGGAAAAGUGUUAUUGCUGACGAAUCGCCGUCGUCAGAUUCUUCAUGAUUUUUUAAUAUUAAAUUUAUGAAUUGCUAAUAUUACCUAAAUUUUAGGUUUUGGAGUAUCAGAUAACAAUAGUUAAUAUACAUAACUGAUAAACUAUCUCAUAUCUAAAUAUUAAAAAAUAUUAAUAACAUUAUUUUUCAUAAAAUAACUGUAAUGAUAAUAAUAUGUACUAAAUAAUUGUAGCCAUACAUAAUUUUUUCUGCAGGUUCAAAAUUUUCAAAUAAAAAGAAUGAAAGAAGCGUUACCUAAAUUAGUAGCAACUUAGAAAACUAAAAAAGAUAAAAUUAACUUUUUUUAUACCAUUUUUUUCUUUAAAAAAAAAUUGGAUUUCGCUAAAUUAUUUUUACCUACUAGGUAUGAGUGUUCUUAUGUUAUAAUUUAGUUAAUAUACUUAUUAUAAAUUAAACUUUUAAAUUUUAAAAUAUUAUAUUAUGAUUGUCGUUUUUUACUAUCUAUAGUAUGAAGGUAUUAUGAGGUAAUGUAUAUUAUGUAUAUAAUUGAAGUUAACAAUUAUUAUUUAUAAAAAUGCAAUUUUUACUUAUACCUACAUUAUUAUAUAUUAAUUAAAUCAAUUUAUUACAUCCAUACAUUGCUAUAUAAGUAUAAGGUGAAAAAUUAAUUACAUUUGUAACAUUAUCUAUGAAUUAGUUAUUUAAGAAAAUUUAAUUUGUAUAAUUAAACAAAAUCAUAA